AUGGCCGGGAAGUCGUUCGUCCACGUUGGGACGCGGGCAAGUUUGCACCUCUCAUGUCAUGCACAGGAUAUAGCCCUCUGUCCCUCACAAAUCCACUUCUUUUUCGGCCUCAUAACGUGCUGCCUCUCCGGUGCCAUGACCCCCAUCUUCUCCUUCCUCCUUUCCCGCCUCCUCUCCAAAGCAUUAGCGCAAGGCCGUGUCCACCAUCAAUCAAAUCCGGCGUUGGUAUCACAGCUAUCGACGGUAUCCUCCUCGGUACCAAGUACUUCAUAG